GGUCAUCCCUGUGUGGGGUCGAAUUGGCGACGUCGCGAUUAUGGUUUGGGCUUGGUUACCUACCUUAAAACACCACGUUGAAGGUGUUACUUAUCUCCAAAGCAGCACGGCCCGGCGCCCACCACAAUACUUUUGAACCCUUUCUUUCUGUUGUUUAGUUGCCCACCAUGAACUACGGAAAGAAGGACGAGGACGCCGAAAAUGGUCUGGUCAAGGUUGACCGGACCCAGGUCUUUCAAGAAGCCCGACUCUUCAACAGCUCCCCGAUCCAGCCGCGGCAAUGUCGAAUCCUCCUCACCAAGAUCGCCCUUCUUCUCUACACCGGCGAGAAGUUCCCCCAGAAUGAAGCCACGACCCUCUUCUUCGGCAUCUCGAAGCUCUUCCAGAACAAGGAUGCCAGCUUGCGCCAGAUGGUCCACCUCGUCAUCAAGGAGCUGGCCAACUCUGCAGAGGACAUCAUCAUGGUCACGAGUACCAUCAUGAAGGAUACCGGCGGCAGCACCGACAUCAUUUUCCGGCCAAACGCUAUCCGGGCACUGUGCCGUAUUAUCGAUGCGUCGACUGUGCAAUCGAUCGAGCGUGUCAUGAAGACCGCAAUCGUGGACAAGAACCCCUCAGUUUCCUCCGCCGCCCUUGUAUCUUCGUACCACCUCCUUCCCAUUGCUAGGGACGUCGUGAGGAGAUGGCAAAGUGAGACACAGGAGGCCGCUGCCAGCAACAAGUCGUCAGGCGGCUUCUCGCUUGGCUUCUCCUCCGCCUCCAGCUCCAUGCCGGUGAACAACUCGACCAUGUCGCAGUACCACGCCAUCGGUCUGCUCUACCAGAUGCGCAUGCACGACCGCAUGGCCCUUGUCAAGAUGGUUCAGCAGUUUGGCGCCCCAGGUGCAGUUAAGAGCCCCGCGGCCCUCGUCAUGCUUGUCCGUCUCGCCGCUCAGCUCGCAGAGGAGGACCCCCAGCUGCGCCGUCCCAUGAUGCAGUUGCUGGAUGGCUGGUUGAGGCACAAGAGCGAGAUGGUCAACUUCGAGGCUGCCAAGGCCAUCUGCGACAUGCGGGAUGUGACGGACGCCGAGGUGUCCCAGGCAGUGCACGUUCUGCAGCUCUUCCUCACCUCGCCGCGUGCCGUCACCAAGUUCGCUGCUCUGCGCAUUCUCCACAACUUUGCUUCAUUCAAGCCAAAUACCGUCAACGUGUGCAACCCGGACAUUGAGCUUCUCAUCUCCAACAGCAACCGUUCCAUUGCCACUUUUGCCAUCACCACUCUUCUCAAGACGGGCAACGAGGCUAGCGUCGAUAGGCUUAUGAAGCAGAUCACAGGUUUCAUGUCCGAGAUCACAGAUGAGUUCAAGAUCACGAUCGUCGAGGCUAUUCGCACACUCUGCCUCAAAUUCCCCAGCAAGCAGGCCGGUAUGCUGGCCUUCCUGAGCGGCAUCCUGCGGGACGAGGGUGGUUACGAGUUCAAGAGGGCUGUGGUCGAGAGCAUGUUCGACCUCAUCAAGUUUGUGCCCGACUCAAAGGAAGAUGCCCUUGCGCACUUGUGCGAGUUCAUUGAGGACUGCGAGUUCACCAAGCUCGCCGUCCGCAUCCUGCACCUUCUAGGCCUUGAGGGUCCCAAGACGUCUCAGCCGACAAAGUACAUUCGCUACAUCUACAACCGUGUGGUUCUGGAGAAUGCCAUCGUACGUGCUGCUGCUGUCACUGCCCUUGCCAAGUUUGGCGUUGGUCAGAAGGACCCUGAGGUUAAGCGUAGUGUGCACGUGCUGCUCACCCGCUGUCUUGACGACGUCGACGAUGAGGUCAGAGAUCGUGCUGCGUUGAACCUCCGCCUUAUGGACGAGGAGGAUGCCUUGGCCGAGAAGUUUGUCAAGAACGACAGCAUGUUCUCCCUUCCGUACUUUGAGCACCAGCUUGUCAUGUACGUGACUUCGGACGACAAGUCUACAUUCGACUCGCCCUUCGACAUCUCCAAGAUCCCAGUCGUCACCCGAGAGCAGGCCGAUGCAGAGGACAGGACCAAGAAGCUCACGGCCACUACGCCAUCACUGAAGCCCCCGAAGGUCGGCCCGACAAAGGCUGCCCCUACAGGCGCCGAGGCUGCCGCUUCUGCCACAGCGGCUGCGCAGAAGUACGCGCAGGAACUUAUGCAGAUCCCAGAGAUGAAGGAGUUUGGCAGCGUGCUCAAGUCUUCACCGAUUGUGGAGCUCACCGAGGCAGAGACCGAGUACGUUGUCAGCGUCGUCAAGCACAUCUUCAAGGAGCACAUUGUUCUCCAGUUCGAGGUGAAGAACACGCUGCCUUCUACAGUUCUCGAAAACGUGUCCGUGGUUGCUACGCCUUCAGAUGAGGAGGAGCUCGAGGAGCUCUUCAUCAUCGAGGCAGAGAAGCUGCCUACGGAUGAGCCAGGCAAGGUGUACGUCGCAUUCAAGAAGGUUUCUGGCGAGGGUUCAAUGCCCAUCAGCACCUUCUCCAACUCGCUCAAGUUCACCACCAAGGAGAUCGACCCGACAACCAAUGAGCCCGAGGACGAGGGAUACGAAGACGAGUACGAGGUUGCCGAGUUUGACGUAUCAGGCAGCGACUAUGUUAUACCUACAUUUGCUAGCAACUUCAACCACCUGUGGGAGCAGGUUGGUGCUGCUGGAGAGGAAGCAGAGGAGACGUUGCAGUUGAGUGCCAUGAAGAGCAUAGCAGAAGCCACAGAACAGCUGUCCAAGGCGUUGUCACUACAGCCGCUGGAGGGCACGGACGUACCAGUCAAUCAGACGACGCACACCCUCAAGCUGCUCGGAAAGACGGUGAACGGCGGCAGGGUGGUUGCAAACGUGCGGAUGGCAUACUCUUCCAAAUCGGGUGUCACUACAAAGAUCACAGUGCGCAGCGAGGAAGAAGGGGUUGCUGCUUUGGUCAUUGCAUCAGUCGAGUAGAAGAGGUAGUUGUUUUUGUGACGCAUUUUUUAUUACUUCGUUUAGUUGUCACUUUGACAGAAAAGUAACAGCAGGCGUUUUGCUCGUUCCGUUCCAGGUUAUGCAACACUAUAUACAGAGAAAGUCUAAAGUAGAGAACAAUGUUCCGGUAAAGUUUUUGCUUCUUCUUUCUCCUGUCGUAGAUUUAGG